GCGGGCCGCGUCACUGUGAAGACGUUUGCUCCGCCGUCGGCAACCACUCUGCUUCCUCAGAGCACGUACGUGGAUCUUUACAUCGGCUAUGCACCCGGAGUUAACACCAAAGCCGAAGGCCAGCUUGGACAACAUGUGAAGCAAUAGGCAACAGCGUUCCUUUUAAUUUUUUUUCCAAGCUAUGGAUUCGUAUAAUUAUUCCUUCGAUAACAGCUCUUCCGGCAACAAGACGCAGCCGACGGCCCCCACCUGGUGGCAUUCGGAGGAGGCGGUCCUGGUGGCUCCGUACACCAUCAUCCUGCUCCUGGCUGUGCUGGGCAACGGCCUGGUGAUCCUGACGCUGGCUGUCAACCAGCGCAUGCGCACCGUGACCAACCUCUUCCUUCUCAACCUGGCCGUUAGCGACCUGCUCCUCGGCGUGUUCUGCAUGCCCUUUACCCUCGCGGGAGUCCUGCUCCGCGAGUUCGUCUUCGGACAGCUCAUGUGCAAGCUCAUACCUUACCUGCAGGCGGUGUCGGUGUGCGUGUCUGACUGGACACUGGUGGCCGUGUCGGUGGAACGCUACUACGCCAUCUGUGAGCCGCUGCGCUCGCGAGCAUGGCAGACGCCCCGGCAUGCGCAGCGCACCGUGGCAGCGGUGUGGGUGGUCUCGCUUCUCCUCAUGCUGCCCAUCGCGCUGCUCAGCGAGCUCAGGCCCAUCAGAGACUCUGCCAAGAUGAAGUGUCGAGAGGACUGGGGAGAACUGCUGUACGAAAGGCUGUUCACGCUCUUCCUGGACGUGCUGCUGCUGGUGCUGCCACUGCUCAUCAUGGUGGCCACGUACGCGCGCAUCGCGGCCACCCUGCGCUCGGCCAUGCAGCAGCAGCAGACCGAAGCGGCCACUGGCUCACCGGUCAAGAACGGCUCACCGUUCGCGGCCGUGCACCCGUCUCAGCCCGAGCCUGGCACGUCGCUGCGACUACAUCGGGGCGCCACCAUCCGAUGGCACCAGCGGGACCCCGACCGGUCGCUGGCCACCAAGCAGCGCAUCAUCCGCAUGCUUUUCGUGGUGGUGGUCGAGUUCUUCGUCUGCUGGACGCCACUGUACGUGCUCAACACGGUGUCGCUGUUCCGACCGGAAGCCGUGUACUACGGGCUCGGCUAUCGAGGCAUCUGCUUCCUGCAGCUGCUGGCGUACGCCUCCUCCUGCUGCAAUCCCAUCACAUACUGCUUCAUGAACAGGACGUUCCGAGUCAGUUUCCUCGCGCUGUGUCGUCGCAGUUGUUCGCACCGCAAACAGGGUGCGGGCCGCGUGCGCAGUUUGAAUAAGCAGGAUUUUGUGUACGUUCUAAGCCGUGAAGUGACGUAGUUGUCAUUUUUUCUCGACGAAACGAAGUACGAAGAAAGUGACUUUGUCUCGCAGAAGAAAACCUUCGGAGCCCUCCCGGUAAUAAACAAGCCUGUACAGGUGGGAAGGAGGGGGGAGCGGGGAAAGGGGAGUUGUUGCUGAUUGAAUGCGAUAUUUCUAUCCCAAUGAAGUGCAGCGCGAACCGAACAAUUGCGAUGUCGAAGAGCUUGUCGCGUAGAAUUUUUCAUUCCAUUAACGUAACUUAACAUGGAACCAUCCUUGUAUAAAUGAACGCCUCAUUCAGCCAUUCAUUCAGCGUGAUGACGAUGGUA